AUGGGGGACGACGACUCGAACCCAGCCAUUCCAGCAUGGCAAAGAGCUCAGAAACAACAGCCAGCACCAAGUCCUUCAGAGGGGUCGGAGAAGGGCCAGUCAGCUGCAGACCAGGGGAUCCGCGAGUAUGAGCCGAAGGAAAUUGAGAUAGCGACUCCGGUAGAGCCAGCAGCGACAGCCGCAGCAGAAGAGAUGUCUACGGAAGAGACAACACCUACGCUACAGCUGCAGCACAUGCAGACGUUCCUCGAGGAUCCUGCUGUCAAGAAUGCACCUAUGGAGAAGAAGCGUGCGUUCUUCGAAAGCAAAGGCAUAUCCAAGGAGCAGAUCGAUCAGGCUCUCAACACUGAACAGAGCCCGCUCAGUGUCAACGACUUCGAGAGCUUCAAGCAAACCCAGGACCCAUCAGCGGUAGCAUCGCCACCCCCUCGACAACAGCAGCAGCAAGCGUCAGGACCGCCCAUCAUCACGUAUCCCGAGUUCCUCGUCGAAGCACACAAGCCACCACCACUCAUCACCCCCGCCCGGAUCGUCAACACCGCCUACAUCGUCAGCGGCGUAGCCGCCAUGCUGUACGGAGCAAGCAAGUACCUCGUCACCCCGAUGUCCGACAGCCUGACCUCCGCCCGCCACGACUUCGCCACCCACAGCCAAAGCAAAAUCGACGAGAUGAACGAGCGCCUCACCAAGCUCGUGAGCAAAGUCCCCGCUCCCAAAGCCGAACAACCCGACGGCACGGCCGAAGACGACGAGAGCGUGACAAGCGACCCCACCGAACUCUACCACCGCGACAUGGGCACGCAGACGUCUCCCCCACCAUCCCGCACCUCCUCGCUCUCGUCUGAGGCAGCGGAGAAGAAAGACCCAACAGACCACGCGAUCAAAGGUCUCGAUAUCCUCCACUCCCACCUCUCCGACGAACUCGCACGCAGCACAACACUAGAAACAGCCAACAAAACCCGCCAAGAAAGCCUCAACAAGCUGCGCAGCUACCUCGACACGCUGAUGUACACCAACACGGCUUACGGGCCGAUGUGGAACUCGAGCGAGAAUUCGUGGAGCGAUGUUGGUGCGGAGGGGAAGAAGGAGGGGAAGGAUAAGGGGAAGAAGAAGGAGGAGGAUGUGGUGGAGGAGUUGAAGAGGGAGAUUCGGGGGGUGAAGGGGGUGCUUUUGAGUGCGAAGAGGUUUCCUGGGGUGGUGGGGAGGGCGGGGGGGGUGUAG